AUGAGUGAAGACAUAGAACCACAUGUUCUAAGAAGAUAUGAAAUAUUGAGCAAGCUAGGUAGAGGAGCAUAUGGAAUAGUUUGGAAAGUAUAUGACAAAAGGACUAAGCAAGUUUUAGCUCUAAAGAAAAUAUUUGAUGCGUUUCAGAAUUCAACUGAUGCAUAGCGUACCUUUAGAGAGAUUAUGUUUCUCUAAGAAUUAGAUCAUGAAAAUAUAAUUAAAGUGAUUAAUGUAAUUCGUGCAAAGAAUGACCGUGAUAUUUAUGUAGUUUUUGAAUAUAUGGACACUGAUUUGCACGCGGUUAUUAGGGUUAACAUUCUUGAAGAUAUUCAUAAAUAAUAUAUAAUGUACUAAAUAUUUAGAGCAAUAAAGUACAUACACUCUGGUGAGUUAAUUCAUAGAGACUUAAAAGCAUCAAAUAUCCUUGUAAAUUCAGAUUGUAUGGUGAAAGUAGCAGAUUUCGGAUUAGUAAGAUCGAUUGCGAACUAAGAAAACGGCUCAACUCCAAUACUCACAGAGUAUAUAGCCACAAGAUGGUAUAGGGCACCAGAAAUAUUAUUAGGUUCACAUACGUAUACCAAGGGAGUAGAUAUGUGGAGUAUUGGCUGUAUUUUGGGAUAGCUUUUAUUAGGAAAGCCUAUCUUUGCAGGAACAAGCACUCUCAAUUAACUUGAAUUAAUAUUAUAAGUUACUGGUAAACCAACGUACGAAGAUAUUGAAGCUAUUUAGAGCGAUUUAGCAAUAACUAUGCUAGAAGCUGUAUAAAAUAAUCCAACUUAAAAUACCAAAACUCUCCAGUAAAUGAUACCAAUGGCCAGUGAUGAUGCUUUAGAUCUAUUAUAAAAUUUACUUUAGUUUAAUCCAAAAAAGCGUAUAACUGCAGAAUAGGCUUUAAGUCAUCCAUACGUUAGGUAAUUCCAUAAUCCUAAUGAUGAGCCUGUUUGUGGAAGAAUCAUUUAAAUUCCGUUAGAUGAUAAUAAAAAAUAUAGUAUGAGAUUUUAUAGAGAUAAAUUAUACUAUGAAAUAUCUCCAAGAAAAAAUGUUUAGCAGAAUGGUAAGUAGGAUUCUUAAUUAUGCAGUAAUUUUUCAGAAUCAUAAGAUUAGAUUUAAUAGCCGCAGUAAAUAUAGCAUUAAUAAUAAACAGUAAAUGAGUAAUAAGUCCUUCAGUAAAGAACAAAUAAUUAACAAUUUUAGUCAAAAGAUAAUUCAAUUCAAAAUGCUAGAAACAACUCAAACAGUUCUAAUUCAAGCUAAGUGAAAACAAAUUAAUCUACUUACAAUAAUAUUUAAUCUACACUUUUAAGAUAAAAAUCAAAUGGGAUAAUUUAAAAGUAAGAAAAUGGAAAUAUGUAAUAAAAUUAGAAUAUUUAAAGUUCAGAUUAACAAUAGAAUUUAGCAAAGGAAGUUAUUUAAUAAACAUCAGCUGUAGUUGCUGCGUAGUAAGCAGUAUUAGCUCGAAAGACAUAGAAAUAAAAUAGUAUAUAAUUUUAGCAAAAUAUUUACAACGAAGUGUAAGAAAGCAUAUAUCAAUAAGUAAAAACAUAAAAGCAAUAGCUUUAUCAGUAAUAGCUGAUGCAAUAAUAGUAACAGUAAUAAUAAAAAAUGUAAUAACAAUCCUAAAAUUAAGUUAUCAGUAGUAAAAAUUAAAUUCAAUAUCAAUCAAGUAAUAUAAAUAAAAAGUAAAAUGAAGAAAAUGAAAUUAGAGAUCCUUCAGAAAACAGUAUCAAGCAAUAAUAGAAACUCUAUGCAUCCCCAAAAGCUCCAAGUUCAAAUUAAAUUUUAUCAAAUAAUUAAAAUUUGUAAUAAACCUUAACAAAUAAUAUCAUGAGUACAAAUAAUACAAAUGGAAUUCACAAUACAAUUAGUAAUGGUUUCGCUAAAAGACCAACUCCUUUCUUAUAGAGUAAGAAUAGCAGUUAAUAAACUUCAAAUUCUACUGCACUAAACCAAAAAAGUUCCUCAAAUUAAAAUUCUUAAUAAAUUCUAUAAUAACAGUAAGUAAAAUAAAUGCUUAAUAGUCCUAACACUUAACAGAUGAUAUAACAAUAGAAAAGUAAGGAAAUAAAUUAAAAUAUUUUCAGUUAACAAAAUAUUUAAAAUCCUCAUUUGCUCAAUGGAAAUCAAUAUAUUAGCAGCAACAAUACAAUUAACAACAAUAAUGAUGGAUAAAUUGAUAAUGUUGAUGAAGGAAUUACAUCUCCAGUAAGUUAAAAUAUAUUAAAGUAAUCGAAUAGUAAUAGAUUGAUUAAGCCUAAUAAUCUGAAAUCUAAUUCAAGUAAAGCUCUGUAAUCGCCAACCUCAAAUAUAGUAUCUCCAUAGCAUUAAUAGUAAUCUUCUGUAAGCUCCUAAUCCACUUAAUAGUCGCACCCCUCUUCAGCAAUUUAAAAUUAAAACUCUUAAGUAUAACAAAAACCAGCUUCAAUAAACACUUCUUAAAAAUAUUUGUAAAGAAUUAUAUAGGGAGCAACACCUUCUACAUAGCAAGAGAAUAAUUUAAAAUAAGCCAUUUCACAUUAAAAUCAAAAUAAUAUAAUACAAUAAUAAUAUUAGAAUUAUAUCAACAGCAAUUUAAGUACAAAUAACAACAACAGUAACCCAAGUCAUUAAAUGAAUAAUUAGAAUGUUUAAAAUACAAAUGUUCAGUCAUAAAGCAAUGGAUACUCCUAAAACAAUAACGGGUACCCUACUUAAAGUAAUAGUGGAUAUUAGCAAUUAAACAAUGGAUAUCCAUAACAUACCAAUAUAUAUUCAUAGAAUAGUAGCAAUAAUAUAUAUACUUAACAAUAGCAACAGCAAUUAUCUGGACAAUUAAAGAAAGGAUCUACUUCUAUUAAUUAAUAUCUUACAACAACUUAUAAAAACCCUACCUAAACAAUGUAAUAAUAAAUGUAUAAAGGAAAUCAAAUAGAUUUUUAUUCUCCGAACAAAUCGAAAGUUAACACUGCAAAUUAUUUUGGUAAUAGGGCUUCGGUAACAAAAACUAUGGCCUAAUUAAACCAAAAGAAUAAUAGCAAUAGUGCUAUAAUUCCAAACUCUAACACAAGCAAUUAAAUUUAAAAUAAUAAUUAAUUAAAUACAAAUAAUAACAAUAAUAGCAAUAAAAACUAUUAAACAGGCUAAAAUGGGCAUAUUAUUUUGAAUGGUAAUCAAUCUGUUUCUCAUAAUAUUCAUGCAUAGAAUAGCGUAUCUGCAGGGAAUAUGGCUAACAACAAUUUAAAUUCUCUUAAUGGCUAGUCUUCUACAAAAAAUAAAUAUAGCUAUUCUAAUCUUUUAUAAAAUGCUUAAAAAUUAAAGGCAAAUACUCCUUCCUAUCAUUAACUUAAUUCUCCUAAGUAUUGA